CACAGUCAGUAUUGCAUGCCUGUCCUGUGUUUAAUGAGCUCAGCGCGCGGCCGGUGCCGGUGCCGUUGCCAUGGGAACGCUGCGGCCUGGUCUGUGUGCGGCGCCGGAUCGUGAACAGCGGGUAACCGCGAGCUGAUGUGUAUAGAUGGAAAUUUGGAUUUUUUGUGAAGAACAUCCUGUGGUCGAUGAGUUUUGCAAUCUAAACCAUGGAUCUCCCGACACUGCAGCCUCCUGCCACCAGCCAGAAUUGGAAGACCAUCCUCCCUCCCCAGCGCAAGUACAGGCAACAGCUGCACAGGCAAUACAUUAAAGAUGCAUCUCUGAACUUGAAAUUCUCCCAGGAUGUAGUUAACUCCAUGCUAUUUUACCAGGUCCCUUUCAAGGAAAGAGAUGGCAGAAACAUGUUCAAUCUCUUCGAGGUUGUCGCACGCGAAGGGGUGAAAGAUCACGCGCCCCGCAGGCCUGGCCACUUGAAGCGAGUGUCGCGUCACCCCAAGACUCUUCGCCAGGUGCCCAAGAGGGAGGCGAAAGGUGAAGGGGCAGCACUGGUCACAGACCGCUCUGACCAGAGAUUGACAGCCAGCCAUCUGCACAAGGGUGCCAGCUCUGCUGAAAUGAUCCCCUCAUCAGAGAGCAGCAGUCCUGUAGCAGGAGCAUUGAAGGUUCCAGCACUGGAGCAAAGUGGAGACAUCCCCGAGAGAGCAGCAAAAGAUUCCACCAGCGAGCUGCGUGAGACAUGGGAUGAGUACCUGGUGAAGAAAGUGAGCAAGAGGAUGGCACAGUGGCUAGUGACCAAGCAGAUGCCCAGGGGCCCGUCUCGUGCCAGACUCGGGGGACUCCUGCAGGAUCAUUAUGGUUCUGCCCACACCCAUGCCCUGAUAGAGGACGAGACUAUGACCCCCAGUGACUUCCUCCUGUAUGACCAAAUCAAAGUCCAGGAGCCCAUCGUGACCACAGUUAGGAAAGAGACCAAGACUCCACUGACUGCCUACUACAGGGUUCCUGGGUUUGACCUGAAUGAAGGCAUGGAGGAACCUGGAUCUGUAAAUCGAACGGCAGCCAACCUGAAAGUGAAGCAUUUUGAAUCUCCCCCAAAACCCAAGACCAUCUUGAAUUCAAAGCUUGGAAAACAUGUCUAUUACACUGAGAAUGUGUUUGAACAAGAACUGUACACUGGGUCAUCCAGUGUGGUUUACCACUGUGGCGAGAAAUACAAGGAGAGGAUCAUCAUGGACAACCUUUCCGAAUAUCAGAAACACCUCCAAGAGCGCUUCCCCAAGCCCCCAGAAGAGUGGUUGGAGGACAAAGGGGACAAAGACAAACAGCAAGUACCUCCAGGUUCCAAGAGGGUGUCGAAAGGCCUAAGGCGGUGGACAGGCCUGCCUACCCUCGCUGAUUACACUAUGGAGCAAGGACUGAGAUUACCAGACUAUGAACUGGUGGAAAAAAAAGUGAAGAAAUCCUUUAAAAUGCAAGAGGACCUGCAAGUGAUGCGCAACAUGGUCACGGGAUGGAUCAAAGCUUGGCACAUCUAUUCACAUUGGCAGGAUAUCACAAUCGAAGAACUGAAGAGGGACCUCAAAGCAAUACAUAGUUAUGUCCAGCUCAGUGCUCUCGCAACCUGUGCAUCAGGAGCUAUUGAGCGUCCACAACUGGAAGAAGACAAAGAUCGUAUCAAUCUUCACUUGAGGAAUGUGAGUGAAGUUCAAGCUGUGCCCGAGUCUCUUCAACCGCUGAUUAGUGAGGCCCUGAACAGCAGUAACAAGCACGUACAAUUGGCAGCAGCCAUCUGCCAUGUCACAAUGGAGAAAGUGAAUGAUAGAGUCUUAGAGAUCCUUCGUGACAACCUCCUUCACGGUAAUUCUGCUGAUUGUUGGAUUGCAGCUCAAAGCCUGGCUCUCAACGGUGAUGACAGCUACCCUGUAGUCAGCAGAAUCAUCCAGCAUCUCUUCAAUAAACCAGAACCGGAGAUUAUGAAGCAAGUGUGUCUGAUCCUGGGCCCGCUCAGUGAGAGGACAACUCUGGCACAUUUCAUACUGGCGAAGCAUCUGAACAGCCGCAAUUGGCAAGAGAAGGUGCUGGCAUGCAAGGUCUUCUCCUGUCUGCGUGGUUCACUUAACAAGGAUUUAACACGCAAGAUUGUGCACUUGAUGUGGAAUGACUGGAACAGUGACGUCCGACAGGCAGCAACACACUCAUUGGGAGCCUUGGGUCUGGGGAAGGAAGCCCAUGAUAAGCUCAGGGAGAUAUUGGAGAAAGGGGAUUGCAGGAGCCGAAUCGAGGCCUUGUCAUGUAUUGGUCAGCUUGGUGUGAUGACUGGAAAACUGAUGCCGAGCUUCCUCGCCUGUUUCAGUGAUGAUUUUGUUGGUGUGAGGCGAGAGGCAUGCCUGACAGCUGGUUUGUUGAAGAUAAAGGAUGAGCAGGUCCUUCAUCAUCUGGUGCGACUGAUGCAGUCUGAUCACAUCUGGAAAAUCAAGGCAUAUGCAAUCAAGGCUUUAGGAGCCAUUGGUCAUGUGACUGAGCAGCUGAAGAAUUUGCUUCUGUGGGCACUCCAUUACGAGCAAGAGCCUGGCAUCCGAAUGGAAGCCUGUAACAGUAUUGUGUCUCUGAACCUGAAUGAUGCUCAUGUGCAGAAUGUCUUAAGAGAGCAGCUUCUGGUGGAGCCCGAUCCACUUGUCCGUGAAGAUGUGAGGUUAGCACUACAGAGGCUAGGGGGAAGCAGUGAAGUCACUGAAGGGAUGCUGCCAAAAAUCAAACAACAGAUCAACACACUAUGUCAGAAAGAUGUUGUCAUUUGGAAGCUGCUGAGGCUGGAGAUGGUGAAGUUGGAUAUUGCCCAGCAGAUUCAGUGGAUCAAUCUCAAGAGACAACCAGAACACCUAACAGCCCUGCGUGAACAGAUCGAGCACCUGAACAAGAGUGUGAUUGCUCCCCGUCUUCCUUCGACAGAGAUCAACUUUGAAGAUAAGGAAUGCGAGGCUGAAAUUGAGUCGGUUCUGGACAGCUCCACUCCAGCAGCCUUACAGCUGACAAAGGAAAACCAGUUGGUCAGGUGCCAGAGGAAUGGGGAGUGGCAAACACUCACUGAGGAGGAACUGCACUAUUCCAGAGCGCUGAGGGAGGGCAAGCUAUAGGAGCCUGUCAGCCAUAAAAUGGGCA